AUCGAAACUUGGGAUGACGGGCAGCUAAAUUUUCUCUCAAUUUUCUCGUGGUCAAGGAAAAAAUUAUUGAGGGAAUGAAGGGUUUGCAAGAUUUAGUAGUAUGCUACAAGGACAACUUGAUCCCAGAAAGUGCUGGAAUGGUUAAUGAAAUCAUGGCCUAUCUUCAAUCUCUUCAACGACAAGCACAGGAGAUUGAAUCUUUCAUACAACAGAGAGAAGCACCUCUAUCUUCCAAUAUCAGUGGAGCAGAUCUGCACCAUGAACAGGACAUCACUCAAAUAAGAGAACAAAAUACCAAUUUGGGACCUACUCUGAAUCAAGAGAUUGAAGUGUUGAUGAAACUAAAUAUAGAGAACACAGCAAGUGCUAAAGAAGAAAGUUGACAUCAGUUGUUUGGGAGCACUUCAUAAAGUAUGUAGGAAGUAAUGGGAGGGAAUUGGCUAGAUGUAAAUACUGUGAGAAAGACUUUAUAGGUUCAAGUAAGAGUGGAACCACACAUCUCAAAAAUCAUUUAAGAAGUUGCUCGAGUUCAAAGAAUCCAGGUGUAGGUGCAGAAAAAGCAGAAGAGAAAAGUAUGAUUGAUCCAAAAUUGAAUGUCUCUGAUUUGGUGCAAAAGAUUAUUAAGUAUGGGCUAAACAACAUAAAGAAUGAUAUACUUGAUGUUUACCAACAAGAGAAGGAAAAGCUCCAUAAAUACUUUGAUAAAAUGUCAUGUCGUUUUAGUGUAACAGCGGAUAGGUGUCCAGACAGCAGGGGUGAAGUUCUUUUUAUUGCAGUCUGAUUUAUUGAUGACAAUUGGAAAUUGAAGAAUAGGGUUAUUGUUUUGGAGAAGGAAGAAGUUUUAGAGUCUUCCACUGAAAAAUUUCUGAAGCAUUCUCUUCAAGAUUGGGACAUAGAUAAAAAUAUAUGUGCUAAACUUGGUGCUGAAAACAGUGAUGAAUUUAACGAGUGGCUUACUGAAAGAGCUUCACUUCAUUUCAUUGGCAACGUAUUUCCAGUUUUUCAGUUUUUAGAUGAACUUGAAUCUUACAUGGGAUAUGCUGGGAUGAGAACAGAAUGGAACAGAGAUAUUUUAGAUAAAGCGUCGAAGAUUCUGAAGUGCGCCAGGAUGUUAUCAAAUGAAAAUAAACUUCAAUAUGCGGUGGAAAAAGCUGUGUCCAUGGGCAAAACUGUAACUGAUCGAAGUGUUCCUACACUUUUGGUUAACUUCGAACUGCUUGAGUGUAACUUUGAACUGCUUGAGUGGGUAAUGGAAUAUAAAGAAGCAUUUUGUGAACUGGAGCAGAUAGAUCCUGCUUUCAAGUCUAUAAAUUUUAUUGAAGAGGAUUGGGAUAAGGCAACUGCACUUUAUAACUGUUGGAAAGGCAUAAAAGAUGCUGCUAGUAGCUUGUCUGACUGCAAAUAUAAUACUGCGAAUGUGUAUUUUCCCAUCGUUUGUGACAUAUUUUUUAAAUUGUGUCAGUGGGAAAAAAGUGACAAUCGUUAUGUUGUUAAGAUAGCAUUAGGUUUGAAAAGUUGUUUUGAUGAAUAUUGGAGUAAUUCUAACUUGUUUUUAGUAAUUACGGAAAUUCUUGAUCCACGGUUCAAAAUGGACGUUGUAGAGCUUUGGUACAAAAUGAUUUACGGUUACGAUGCAGAAGCCCAGUUUAAGAAAAUCCGUCAUGUUGUAACUGAUAUUUUUAAUGAAUAUGCAAAGGGGUCUAACAGUUUCAAAUCAUCAUCUAUUGCGGACCAUGGUGUUAGGAAUUCUUCAACUCCAUUCAAAAUGCUAGACAGCAUGGGGAGGCCAUGUAAAUCUUCAGAACGUAUUAAUGAUGUUACUUUACCAACCUCAGAACUUGAACGCUAUUUGGAAGAUUCAAAAUUCCCUGCAGUUACAGAUUUUGACUUACUAGCUUGGUGGCAUGUCAACUCCCCAGCUUAUCCGACACUUGCAAGGAUGGUGCGGGAUUUCUUUGCAAUACCUGUUUCUGCUCCGGUUGAAUAUUUAGAUUCUUCCUUAGCAACUGAGACUGGAAAUAUUUUUUAUUUUAGCAACCUAUAUUAUGACUUAAGAGGAGCUUUGGCUUGUACAAAGAUUUGGUUGCACUAUACUUCUGAAAAUUAAUAAUAAAGUUACUGAAACAACAGUGAAAGUUCUCCUUUCUCUUUUUACUUAAAUUUUUUAUUUAAGCAGAGAAGAUGUCCCAAUUAAGGACGAGUAAUGCUAGUCUUACAAACACAAAUACAAAGAGUUGUGUACAAAGUGAGAUGGCAGCUGACGUGGCAAUGUCACAGCAGCUGCCAUGUCACCAAUUGCCACAUCACUUUUGAAUAAUUAUUUCUUUAAUCCUAAUUUUCUAUUUCUCCUUCUCCAUUUCUUUAUUUACUUUAUUAUUUCAUAUUUCAAUUUCUUUGUCUUCUUCUCCAUCGCUCUUCUCCUUUCUCUUUUUACUUAAAAUUUCGUAUUUAGAGUAAUGCUAGUAUUUAUUUAAUGGGAAAAAGGCUGAGCUCUUAUACUGAGCCAGUAACAUUGCUGGUUUAUACUGAAGUACCAAGAGCAUGGUAAAGAAACCAACUUUCCCGCGAAAAAACCAGCACGGACCCCAACCUUAAUUCUCAUUAACCCUAUAACUUUAUCUUCCAUUUCUCAGUAACUUCUCCAACUUAAGCAAAUAAGCUUUGACAGGUAUUCUCUGUUCUCCAAUCAUUAUACUUUUAUGUCUAUGUUCUUUCAUAAUUUCUGUUUUUCUGGGUGGUUGUGUUUGAAUUCAAAGCUGGGGGUGCUAUUGUUUUGAUUAGACAAAUAUUUGUGCUUUCUCGAGAUUUUUUUAAAGGGUUUGGUAUUCACUGUAAUAAUGAAAUAGAAAUAAAAAUUUUUAAGAUUUAGAUUUUUACUGAUAUAAUUUGUCUCGCAUUUUCUUCAAUUUAUAGAUUUUACUUUUGUUGGAUUGUUCUUUAUUCUGUUUUUUAUUUGAGCUGCGGGGCAUGACUUUGUGGCUUUAAAGAUUAACAAAUGUAAUAUUAUUAUCUAGUAAUUAUGAAUUUCUUUGUAGGAAUUUAUAGUUGGGUUUCAAAGACUGAAAUUGUUUGUUGUUGUCUAAGCUUGGGGCAAAAUUUUUAUCCAGCAUAACCAACAGUAGACCUUGAAAAUGCUUAACCCAAGUAAUGAUGACGAGGCGUGGACAGGGAAUCGGUCAAUUUAGAAACCAAAAUACUGGUUCUCAACCUACUCAAAAUGAUGAUAAUAAUAAGGUGAACCAAGAUGCAGAAACCUUAGCUCUUUCACAUGCUAAACAAAGAAAGUUGGAAUAAAAAAGAUAAACAAAAAAAUGGAAGGGGAUGGAGAGUUUGUAAUCGUUGUGAGGAGAUAUUACUAUAUUCAAACAAGAAUAAAGCCAGAGUCCUUGAAAAUCAUUUUGCAAGGUGCAGAACUAUGAAAAACAGAGAUGAAGAGGGAGACAAACCAACUGAAUCAUAUGAUUCGACUGCUUGAGUUGUUAUGAAAAAAAGAUCUGUGGUGGAUAAGGAACUGAAGCACUUAGAUGUGGCACAAACAAUUGUCGUGCAUGGUGUUGCAUCACUUUUAAACUCAAAAAAGGAUGACAUACUCAAUGUUUAUACUGAAGAGAAGGAAAAGCUUUGUGGAUAUUUCAUGAAUCUCUCUUGUUGUUUUACUUUAACAAUUGAUUGUUUGUUUUGAUCUUCUCAGGAUCUUAUGUAUUGUUGCUUGACACUCCAGUUUAUUGAUGAUAAUUGGGAACUGAAGAAGGUUAUUGGUUUCAAAUUUGUACACCGUCAUAGUUCUGUGUCAUAAAUUAUUGAAUGGGUGCUUUUAGAUUGGGACAUCAACUGGUAUCCCCCCGUAAUUGCUGGAAAAGUAACUGUUGUUGAAGAUGGAGACAUCAUCAAAUGAAAAUAAGUUUCAAAUUGCAGUAGAUAAAGCCAAGUCCCUGGGAAAGAAAGUGACUUCUCAAAGUGUUCCUGGAUUUUUGAUUUCUGACCUUGAACGGAUUAAAAGUGCAGUUGGGUUUAGAGAAGGAGCUAGGGAAGAUGGAUCCUCAUUUCAAGUCCUUAAAUUUGAACAAGAAGGAAUGGGAUUGGGUAAUUUUCAAGAGUGCUGGGAAGUUUCAAAUGAUGUUGCUUCUAUAUUGCAUGGGAACAAUUUCACUGCAAAUGUGUAUUUUCCCAAGUUACGUAACAUACUCAAUAAUUUGUAUCAAGUGGAAGGAAGAUGUUAUUGGCAUGUUAACCAAAUGGUACAAUGUAUAAGGGAUUCUUUCACUCAACAAUGGAUCGAUCAUAUUUGGAUUCAAGGAUUGCCAUAGUUUUUGACCCGCUGGUCAAAAUGGAUAUAGUGAAAUACUGGUACAAGGACAUAUAUGGUAAAGAAUUUGCAGAACUAUUUAUUUUCACAAUUGAAGAAAAACUUCGGUGCAAAUUCGAUUGUUAUGAAUGUGACUAUUUGGAAAUGCUAGACCAAAUGGAGAGGUUGCAGACAUCUUCAGAUGGUGAUGAACUUUUGCGAUAUUUAAAGGAACCUAAAGUUCCUUCUAUUGAAGAUUUCAACAUAUUAGCUUGGUCGCAUGUAAACGCUCCAAAAAUGGCUCAUGAUUUCUUGCCGGUAACUUAUUCAACUGUCAUUUCAGAUUCUGACUUGUGGACUGAAAUUCAAAAUGUAAUUGGCCCUAAGGAACUGGAUUAUGAUAUGAUGGAGGCUCUUGUAUGCACAAGGAGCUGGUCAAGCUCUUUAA